AUGACUAACCUGUGUUCUUUUCAAACAAAAGAUGGUGAACGAUUAUUGGUAUUGACAAUAAUAAAACCAAAGGAGGCAGGUACUGAAGUACUUGACGCAAUUGGUGUCGAGUCUUGUGCCAGCUAUAAACCCGGCAUGCGUAUUGUGUGGCAACAAAUCAAAGGUUACACCAAACAUGAUCAUCGUGCAUGUUUAUGUUGUUGUGUUGCGUUUGGGUUUGUAUCCACACGAUAUGCAUGCUCUCAUGAAUGUACCUAUUUUAAUAGAGACAUUUAUGAUUCUAAUGUCAAGAUUGAUGGUUUAAAUUAA